AUGGCAGAAAAGCAAACGGGUAAACAAAGGACUAUGCGCCAUGACGAUAAGCGUGUCGACACAGACCCCUCUGGGCGCAUGCGUACUACAUGUGCAAGACGUCGGUCGUCGGCGCAAGCGAUGUCGGUAAUAUUGUAUGCGAAUGGCAUGGGCUCUUCCCCCCAGGCCGCUAGCAUACGCGGUGCACUAUCGGUUGCACACGACUGUUCCUGCCCUCGCCGUCAAUUUGACAUUGUCGCAGAAAUCAGUCGGACGUUCACUCGACCCGCUCAUUUGCGCCGCCGCCAAGCAUCGCAGUCUCCAUUAUUCCACAAGCGCGAGGAAUGGAAGGCGAAGGAAUCUAGACCUGGACCCGCAACCGUCACGGCCUUGUCGCUUAAACGAGUUGCGCAGCAGCGGAAGGGUCCAUACGAGAAUUGGCCUUUCCUAGGCUCCGCUGCGGGCUUGUAUUCGCACAACAUAUGGCCAGACUCCAACCACGCUGCGGGCUCUUCAGCCAGCCUUGCUCGCACUUUUGCCGCUCGUAUAUAA